GUUGAAUCUUGAGAUUAACCGUUUCUGUUACUGAUUUUAAUUCUAAAUUGUUAGUGUAUAGUUCUUAUUUUUACUUUUGAUGAAUAAAUAUUGUUUACUAGUUGAAAGCGAAAUUAAAUAUGUCAUCUGAUAAUCCUAUAUCGGAUUAUUCAUCUGUUAUUGGUUUCCUUACUCACUUAACAACUGAUGAACUUAAAAGUAUUUUAAACGAUGAUGCUAAGUUGGAUGAACUUUUGAAAGAAAUUAAACAAGGAAAUGAGAGAGAAACAGAAAAAGAAAUGUUAUUGGCAUCAAAUCGUUCGUUGGCUGAAUAUAACCUCUCCAUGGAACAAGAUCUAAUGUCUCAUAAAACUGAAGUGAAAAAUUGCACUGAACGUGGGGAGGAAUGGUAUCAUAGAGUUUAUAAGAAAUAUGAAACUUUGAUUACAUUUUUGGGACAUAAUAAAUUAGAUACAAAAUUGGAUGUUUUGCGGUUGGCGACAGCAGAAAUUGAAGAACAAUCUGAAAAGAUUGCAGAAACCUUUAUCAGUGGUGAUUCAGAUGUUGAAGAAUUCUUAGAAAGUUUUGUAUCCAAGCGAAAAUCAAUGCAUUUAAAUAAAGUUAAAUCUGAGAAACUGUCCGAAAUGAUACAACAUCGAAUUUGCUUGGAAUCAAAGACUGUCAAUGGAGGGUGGAAUCAUGUUAAUCAAAUAAACUCUAUUGGGACCAAUGGAUUAAUAUUGAAUAAUAUGUAAUAUUUUAUGUAAAGUUACAAACACCAUUUUUAAUGUAUUAUUAUUGACUUAUUAUUAUUAUAUGUAUGUUAUAGC